AUGCGCAGUGUCACACUUCCCAAUCCAAACAGUAACGGUGGGUUGUUGACUCUCAGUCAUUCUGCUGUUGAACCAAAUGAACUAUAACCAGAAAUGGCGUUUGACUCGGAACUAAACGCUGUCUCCUCGUUGCCAGUUGCUGGAAUAGUAAUAGCAGUAAUAUCAAGUUUCAUCAACGGGUCGACAUUUGUGCUGCAAAAGAAGGGAAUAUUACGCUCCCGCGACAGAGGAGGGUCGUACCUCGGGGAUGCCGUGUGGUGGAGUGGCACACUGGCCAUGAUCGUUGGUCAAAUUGGGAAUUUCCUGGCGUACAAUGUGGCCCCUGCUGUGAUAGUUACACCUCUAGGAGCCCUUGGAGUGUUAUUUGGGGCUGUGCUGGCCUCUUGGAUCUUGGAUGAGCAUUUAAAUAUCCUGGGGAAGCUUGGCUGUGUUUUAUGUUGCUGCGGCUCUGUUGUGCUCAUCAUUCAUGCCCCUAAAGCAGAGACUGUAACGUCGAGUCAGGAGCUAGAGGAGAGGAUAUCGGACCCAGUGUUUGUAAUUUAUGCUCUCUUGGUGGUCCUGAUGCUGGUCGUGCUAAUCGUGUGGAUGGCUCCAGCUCACGGCACAUCAAACAUCAUGGUGUACGUCGCCAUAUGUUCCCUCUUGGGAAGCUUCACAGUUCCGAGCAGCAAAGGACUUGGCCUGGCAGCACAAGACGUCUUUGGUGAAGGGCCUUCAAGCAGCAGAGCGCUGGCUCUCUUCCUGGGCUUGCUGGGAACACUGGCUGUCAGCAUCUUUAUACAGUUCUACUUCAUCAAUAAGGCCUUGGAGUCCUUCAGCUCCAACAUGUUCGAAGCCGUUUACUACGUGACGUUCACAUCCACCGUGAUUCUUGCUUCUGCUCUUCUCUUCAAAGAAUGGACUGCACUAACUUUAACUGACAGCCUUGCCAUGCUUUGUGGUCUGACAACAGUGUGCGUUGGGGUGGUUUUACUCCGCAUAUCCCAGGAGGCCUCGCUUACUUGGAAGCAGAAGGGCUUACGGGAAAAGACAGACUGAUUCACAUGCCUUUUCAUAAUUAUAUGACUUUUGUGCCAUUCUGCAUUUUUUUAUAACACAGAGCCUAUACUUGAAUGACCAAAGUUACAAUGUGUUUAUAUAACUGGUUUGACUUCACAUUUACUUGAAUCUUAUUGCAGUUUCUAAUGAAACAGUUCUUAGUUACUGUGUAACCCACUAACAUAAGUCUUUUUUUUCUUUCCUUCUUUAAUUACAUUUAUACUCGUGAGUACAACUGCCACAUGACCUCUCACAGCUUUUAAACAGCAUACUCAAAUACAGGUCGGGGAACAAUUAAUUUGUCAACUUCAUGUUUUUACUCAUUUCAAAAAGACAAUGUUCCUCUCAAGGGUUUAAUAGGCCUCUUGAAUGGUCUCCCUUUCUCCCAAUGCAAGGCUGUCUCAAUGUAGAAUCACCUGCACUUUAACUUAUUCAUUGAGUCUCUGAAUUAUUCAGUGUAAUUUCAGCAGCAGUCACUUUAGUGCAGGAGUUGUUUAGCAGAUGAGUAUCAAUAAUGACUAGGUGUUUUGGUCUAAUGGGAAAAUUUAUAAAGCUGAUAUACCAAAAAAAAAAAAAAAAAGAUCAGCUGUCUCACCAUAAAUCUUAAAUUGUUUUGUCCAACUAAAGAGUGUAAGACACUGUUCUUACCAGAUGUUUGAUAAGUAUUGAUUUCCAAAUAAUAAAACUAAAUCAUAGUAGUUAUAUGUCAGCAUUCCCUGAAAAAUAUUUUGGCUUUGCCUGUCCUCGUACAAUGAUUUUCUAGAGAUCUUUAAUAGACUUUCAGGUUUCUGGGGUAAGAACAUCACAAAGAGAUGCUGAAGACAAGGGCUGCAACUCGCCUUAAGUUUUUUCCAUUGAUUAAUCUUUGAUUAAUUUGCCAAUGAUCUUUAUCGAAUUCUAGUCUGAAAAAUGUCCAUUAUAAUUUCUCAGAGCCCAAAGUGCCUCAUUUUAUUUUACCAACUGCCCACAACUCAAAUAUAUUCAAUUUACUGUCAUAGAUGAUAAAGAAAAGCAGAAAACCCUCACAUUGUAAAAGCUGAAACCAAGAGCUAACAGUUUAAAUAUUAUGAAUUGCAAUCUCCAGUUUCCCAAUGAUACCUGCUGAAUUUAAGACAUUUUCUGUUAGACUAGAAAGCAGAUUUAAAAUAAAUGCUUCCUUUAAAUUAUUUACUGAAACUUUGGGAUACAUAGGAUUAAACUAAAGUUUUGGUUGUUGUGAUGUUGUAGUCCUUAUUAUCAGUACUGUACAUGAUUUGCUUUUUAAUAAACAAGGAUUUUUAAGUCA